GAGCCUUUUGCGAUGUGAUGAGGAAACAGGCGCUGCGCAGGUUUCGGCUCGGAGAUGGGCACGGACUCAAUUUCAGGUAGACUCCAGCGCGGAGCGUCCCCGCGUAUGUGCGACUUACGCGAAUCGGUCCCGAAGGGCUCAGGUACUGCAAGUGUCCCACCCCGCCAAGCAGAGGAGGGACAAGGGAGAAAGAUACAACAAAAAAUACCCUGGCGACGUACCCAACCCCUGCGCAAUGCGGGGCAUGAGCAAUCAAUUCCGCAGGCCCACCUCCCGUAGGUGCAGGGGGGAAACUCACUAAAAGAGAACCCUGGGCCGGAGCCCCUUCCGGGAAAAAAGAGGCCUCGACUCGACUCUAACUCGGGCCCGACAGGUCGCGGCUCUCUCAACAGCUUUCAAAAUCACAUCGUACAACCCGCGAACAUGUGACAGCACACACACACACACAGACAACAACCAACAGCCAACAACAACCGCCAACAGCACGUGCCCACGUCUCGGAACCAACUGGGGUGAGCCACGCCUCACUUGCAAAUCAAAAUACACGGGCGCAGAGACCGCGCGCUCUGGCACGGCCUUCCCAUCUGGCCCCACACGCAGCAGGCUCUGGGGCCAGCGAGCACUCGUGCAAACCCUCUGCGCCCUCAGCCCUAGGAUGUGGAAUAGGGUUCAGCGCCGGAUAUCACGCACCUAGGCGCAUGUCCCAAAACUGCCCCUGAGUCACUUCUGGGAAGCCUGCUCUCCUUCAAUCGCACGCUGCUCAAUCAUCGCUGGCGAGGCUACCUUCAAUCACAGAGCUGGCCCGCUAAUGUCACCAUGAACAUGACAACGCUAUCCUCGCGCGAGCCAAAAACAGUGAUCGACGCCCAGCCAUUAACGACUUCCCUGGCUCGGUUCCACCAGUGCGUCUUCCAACCACUGGAGAGAACACGAAGCAAUCUCCGAGCCGAUCCUCUAGCGUGUCGUGUGCGAGGUCGACUAUGCUGGCUCGCUGCGGCGGGCUCUUCUCCUCGAGCUGCGCGGCAAUCCCGAUAUGCGCGGCGCCGCUCAUUACGGAGGCCUCGUAAUCUACGCUGACAUCGCGGCAGUGAACGUUGUCAGCAAGGAUGUGAACGUGUUCACGAGAACGUUUGACGGAAGCUGGAGCUUGAAGAAGUUACGCCUGUACCCAAGCGGGUCUGGUUGUGAUCUUAACAAGUUCAUGUAAUUUGCGGGGCGGGCAUCCCAGGAAAAUGAACGGGUCCAGCUGGAUUUUGAAAUGAGCGCGUGACCGCGAACGUGUUCAGCUGGAGCCUGGACAGUUCCACUUGGAAUCUGGAUGGGUUCAACUGGAUCUUGAGUGCAUCAGCCUGAUCGUGAACACCCAACGACCUGAUCAUGGGCAACUGGUGUUUGAACUGGCUCCGCUGGAACUUCGUCCUCUGUGCACCCCUCCUCUUCUGCAGUGUCGUCCUUGUCGUCUCCGUGGCCGCUACCCUCGUCGACCAGCGUCACCCGUUGGAUCUGUUCCUUGCCCGUGCCUUUCGACACGUCUGGUGGCAGGAGUCUGGGCGGCCGAAGCAUCGGCGGCGGGGGCUUGGCCAACAGCUCGUCAAGGAUGGUCAUGCCCGCGAGCUGCGCUCUGCGCGCUUCGAGCACUCGAGGCGGCGGCGACGGCGUUUCAUCAACGUUGCGACGGUCUGCUCGAGGACGACGCUCUCAUCGUCUCGUGGUGCCCCCACCAGCGCAAGGUCAUGAUGCACGAGCUCAACCUUGCGGCGCAUGCGCGGGGCAAAAGUUACGUACAGGGUGAGGUGUGAUGUUUUCCUGGGUUCCUGUGCCCACCAAUGCCAAUGAUUGACCGCGCGGUGGCUUGGAUGAGGAGGCGGAGGAGGCAGGAGGGAAGAGGCAGGAGGAGAAACGGAAGGGUUGAGGACGGCGAAAGAGGAAGGAAAAGC